AACCCACGCACGCGCUUCCACUUUUCUUGUGCAUCCUCAAGUGCAUCCCGUCUUCCCCAUAACCUUCAACAAUGCGUGAAAUCGUGCACCUGCAGACCGGCCAGUGUGGAAACCAGAUCGGUGCCCGCUUCUGGGAAGUCGUCUCUGACGAGCACGGUAUUGGCGCGGAUGGUCUCUACAACGGCAGUAACGACCUCCAACUCGAGCGGAUUUCUGUGUACUACAACGAGGUUGGCAGCAACAAGUACGUGCCUCGUGCAGUCUUGGUCGACCUCGAGCCUGGUACCAUGGAUUCCGUCCGCUCUGGUCCUCUUGGCACCCUGUUCCGCCCCGACAACUUUGUCUUCGGACAGAGUGGUGCUGGCAACAACUGGGCCAAAGGACAUUACACUGAGGGUGCCGAGCUUGUAGACUCCGUCCUUGAUGUCGUUCGUAAGGAGGCCGAGGGAACGGAUUGUCUGCAGGGUUUCCAAAUCACUCACUCGCUUGGUGGUGGAACUGGAUCCGGAAUGGGGACGCUCCUCAUUUCCAAGAUUCGUGAGGAGUACCCUGACCGAAUGAUGUGCACAUACUCUGUUGUGCCCAGUCCCAAGGUCUCCGACACUGUCGUCGAGCCCUACAACGCCACCCUCUCUGUCCACCAGCUUGUCGAGAACUCUGACGAGACUUACUGCAUCGACAACGAAGCCCUGUAUGACAUCUGCUUCCGCACGCUGAAGCUGUCGACCCCGACAUACGGUGACCUGAACAACCUCGUCUCCGUCGUUAUGUCUGGAAUCACCACUUGCUUGCGUUUCCCUGGUCAGCUUAACUCUGACUUGCGUAAGCUCGCUGUCAACAUGGUGCCCUUCCCCCGUCUACACUUCUUCAUGACCGGAUUUGCCCCGCUUACUGCCCGGGGCAGCGCCCAAUACCGGGCCGUCAGUGUUCCUGAGCUGACAGCCCAGAUGUUCGACGCAAAGAACAUGAUGGCAGCUUGCGACCCCCGUCACGGACGCUACCUCACCGUCGCUGCCGUCUUCCGCGGAAAGGUCUCCAUGAAGGAGGUCGACGAGCAGAUGCAGAACGUCCAGAACAAGAACUCUGCGUACUUCGUCGAGUGGAUCCCCAACAAUGUCCUCAGCGCUCACUGUGACAUUCCUCCUCGUGGUAUCAAAAUGGCCGUCACCUUCAUUGGUAACUCGACUGCUAUCCAGGAGCUGUUCAAGCGUGUCAGCGAUCAGUUCACGGCCAUGUUCAAGCGCAAGGCCUUCUUGCAUUGGUACACCCAGGAGGGUAUGGAUGAGAUGGAGUUCACUGAGGCAGAGUCCAACAUGCAGGAUCUUGUUGCUGAGUACCAGCAGUACCAGGAUGCUACCAUUGAGGAGGAUGGCGAGUACGAGGAGGAUAUCCCUGUUGAGGAGGAACAGUAGAUGUGUUGUUAACGCUGCACUUGACGACCACCUAUACCCUCACAAAACAUAUUACUCCUGGCUGACUCUUAAUACUUGAUUUUACUUGCUUACCUUCUUUUGUCGCGGAUUGCAUUAACAAUGAAUAGCUGGGCUUUGGCGCCGGUUGUCUCUCA